AUGGAUGAUUUGGAUCUACCAAAAGAUGCAAAAUACAAGAGCUUUAUUGCACAAGUUGAUAAGUCCCUCAAAAGUUUUGAAUACUCUACGGAAUGGGCUGACCUUAUAUCUGCUCUAGGACGGCUGAUUAAAGUCAUUCAGUCAAAUACAAAAUGUGGUUACGUUCCUCGAAGUUUCGUUAUUGGUAAACGUCUCGCCCAAUGUCUUCAUCCUGCUCUACCGGCUGGUGUUCAUUGCAAAGCGUUAGAGUGUUACGACGUAAUUUUCCGCACUAUUGGACCUGAACGUGUCGCCUAUGAUUUGUAUGUUUAUGGUCCAGGCUUGUUUGCACUACUCGAGCCAUCUGCUAUGACUGUUAAGUCACCGCUGUUUGAUAUUUAUGAAGAACACUUGCUUCCUCUUGGGAAAUUGCUUCAUCCAUCAUUUUUAGGACUAUUAAAGGGCUUACUACCGGGUUUGGAACCAGGCGCGGAAUUCUCUGAACGUGGAAAUCGAAUGUUAGAAAUGUUCAGUUCCUCUGUGGGAUCUGCAUUCUUUUAUACGUGUUUGUGGGAGCUUCUAAUUCGAUGUCCAUCUAUACGACAAUAUGGAAUUUCAUUUAUACUCAAUCAUUUAAACAAACGUAAAUCAUUAGAUAGUCAAAGUUAUAUUUAUGGUUUAGAUAAAAAUAUUCUUGUAGAGAGUUUAUGUUGUCUAUUCGGUGACAGUGUUCUACUAGUACAACGUGAUGCCCUUGAUUUUAUUUUGUUAGCAUUACCAAUACAUUUUUAUUCGAAAACAACAGAGCGUAAUCCAUUUCAGUUUAUCACUAACAAAUCGUUAACAGUGAAAGAUUUCGCUAUGUUAUGUACAGCUUCGUUGUCUAUUUUACUACGUCGUGAUGCAUCUUUGAAUCGUCGUUUAUUUAUUUGGCUUAAAGGUAGUCAGUCAGUUGAGGGAAUAGUUGUGGAUAGUUUAGAUAACCAAUCAAUGACAUGGGCAGACAUAGUCAUAGAUAAAGUGGAUGAUAAACAUGUAUUGGCAUUAAAUGAUAAAAAUGAAAAUAAUAGUCAACGUUACUUUAAAUUAUACUCACAAAUAAUUCUUACAGAAGCUGUACGUCGUUUAAUCUAUAAUCCUACUUGUUUACCUAUUCCAUGUCAAUUCGAUGAAAAUCAUUUGAAUUUUUCUGCUAAAUUCACAUUUGGAUCAGAUUUAUCUGCAUUAGUUAUAGAACGAAGCAUUUCCGAGCGUCCAUUUCGUGUUUUAGUCGGUCUAACUGAUCAUCCAGAUAUAGCUCAUGGACUUUUAGAUAAUUUAUUAUUAGAUAUAAUGUGGUAUACUUAUGAAGGUUAUUUAAAAUUACGUUGGCAAACUACAUGUUGUUUGAUGAAUUCAAACCAAAUAAAUAAAUCAUCACAUCGUGAUUCAACAUUAACUAUAUCAGAUUUAGUAAAUCGACCAAGUUUAUGUGAUAAACAAUUACCAAGCAAUAUGACAAAUCUAAUUAAAGAUUAUAUUUUAAUUCGUGAUAGUGCAAAACCAUCGAGUUUACGAAUUGAUAAUCAAGGUAGAAAUUUAGAAUAUAAUGGAACAACUUUAGUCGAUAGAGAAGAUUCAUUACCUUCAAAUGAUUCAAAUAUCAAUAAGAUUUCAAUACAACAUUCUAAUAAUCAUACAACUAUUACUACUACUACUACUAAUACUACUACUAAUAAUGUUGUUGAUGAAUUCUUACGUACAUCACAUUUAUUUUUCAGUAAUAUAAGUAGUGAAUUUUUAUGGAAAUUUAUUGAAAAUCAAUUUACUGAAUUAUUGAAUUUAUCAUCAACCAUAACAGUCAAUACAAUCGGAUCAAUGAAUAUACAUCCUAAUAAGAUUAUGUCAUCAUCAUCAUCAUCAUCAUCCAUUGAAUAUGAUAAUUGGCAACAAUCAUCAUUGAAAUUAUCAUUAAUUCAAUGGUGUUCUAUAAUAAAUUUCUUUUUGAAUUGUUUACCAAUUGAUAUAUAUCCUAAUGUUCGUAGUCUAUAUCUUCCACAUUUAAUUAUUCAUUUAACUAAUUGUUUAGUUGAAAAACUUCGAGUUAAUUGUAACCUACAUUAUCAUGAUCAAUCUUUAUUAUCACAGGAAGGUAGUUUCUCAGAGUAUAAAUUAACAUCUUUAGAAUGGGCUAGUAUAAUCAAUUGUUUAGAUACGAUUGUACAUCAUAUACGUGAGUAUGCAGUGACAAUAUUUGAUCAGUUAUCGAGUCCAGUCAAUUUAAAACGUCAAGAGGAAUUAUUAUUAUCAAAUAACAGUAAUAAUAAUAAUAAUUGUGGUCAAUGUAAUGAAAUCAACAGUAAUGAUGCUAUUGCUGAUAGUCAGGAUAAUCAAAUUUCUGAGGAAUUAAUGAUGAUUGCUAAAGCAGUUGGUCAAUUUCGACGAUUUCUUGGCAUAUUCUGUAUUCAUGUCUUAAAUUUUUCACCAGUUAAAAUGAAUGAAUUUAUUCGAAACAUUUGUACGGAACAAUGUCAACAUGAUUGUAGUAUCAUUUCGAAUGAAGGAGAAAUAAACAAAAUUAAUGAUAAUAAUGAUAAUAACAAUGAAGAUAUAGUUGACAAAGAAGGUGCUAAAGAAAAAUCUCAUGAAAAAUCUGUAUUGAAACAUAAUCAUCAAGUGUCAUUACCAUCGUCUUCAGUCAGUUGUAUAGAUCUUUUUGCACAAAUUUGCCGUCUUAUUGUGGAGAUGUCCAGUUUUCCUUUAUCUAUUAUGCAUCAAUUUAAAAAUUCAUCAAUGUCACCUAGAAUAAUUUCUACCAGUAAUUCUGAUCUUAGUAUUUUAGAUUUAUUCGGUGGUGAACUUAUACGUCAUGCUGAUACAGGCUCUUUAAAAAAGAACUUUACCAUUGGUUCGCAGCAGCCUGUACUAAACAAUUAUCAUUGUUAUUUUCACUACAGUUUGGGUCGUUUCAUUCUACCACAAUGGCUUGUUUGUUUAUUGUAUGCAUCAUGUGAUCUAGAUAAUUUCAAUAUUAAGUCAAUUGCUUUGUAUACACUGAUUGAAUUAUUUCAUGCAGCUGUUUCUAUUCACGGUUGGAGUACAGAAUUGAAGUAUUAUUCUAAUGACAUCAAUACUACUACUACUACUACUACUACUACUAAUAAUAAUAAUAAUAAUAAUAAUAAUAAUAGUGCUGGACAGAUCCAUCUAGGAAACAAUAAUGAGAAUGGUGAUAAAGUACUUCCCAUAGAUGAUAAACAUGAAGCAAAUCGUGGAAUGCGUUUAGUAUUUCCUGUGUUAAGUGGAGAAUUGAUGUCAUAUCUUUCUCAAAAGACAAAUUUAUUCACGUACUUGGGUGUAUCAUUAUGGCGUUAUCUAUCACCAGAAUAUUCUACUUAUCAUGAUGAUGCAACAAGUUUACUUGUUCGUCUACAUCAAUUAGCUCCUCCAUUGCCAAAAUCUCUUGCUUGUCAAUUAACUCCCAGAAUAUCAGGAAUCACAUCUACUAUCAGUUCUUGUAUUGAAGGCUUCAUUCUUUCUCAAAUGCUUUCAUCUGAUUUAGAUAUUAAAAUAGAUGCACAUUCACGUUUUAUUUUACUGUGGCAUUUAUUGAGAUACUAUGGAUCACGUGUUCAAUCAAAUAUUCAUCCAUUGACAAACACUUCAACUAGUAAUUCAGUUCAUCAGUUUCCGGUUACUAAACGAUCAUUACAUUCUUCAGUUCAUGAUUCUUUUAGACUAAGUGGUGUAUCCAAUUUCAUAGCGGCUGUAUCAUGGAGACGUGCAUUUCUUGGUUUGACUGGAGACAAUAAAGUUGGCAACAGUGAUUUAUCAUCUCCUGGUUUAGGUUUGUACGAUAUUCCUUUCUAUAGAUGUACAUUACUCCUAUUGGAUAAUUUAGAUUAUGAUAAUCCAUUGGGUCCAAUGAGGUCAAUUGGUUUAACAAGUCUAUCACAAUUGAAUCUAAAUGUCAAUAAAAGGCAAAUAAAUAAAAAUGAUCAAAAUGUUAAUAACAAUGAAGUAUUUCAUCAAAUUGAUCAUUCAAUUAAUUAUGGAAAUUCUAUACUAAGAGAACAAUCUAUUCUAUGGAUAGAGAAAGCUUUAAGAACUGGUCAAAUAGAUCGUUUGAUUAUACCAAUUUUAGCUAUAUUAUUACAUCCUGGAACAGCUAGAAUUAGUUUAAAAUCCCAUGUAUUAAGACAUUAUUGUCAACAGAUUAAAAUGUCAAAAUCUAAGAAAUUAUUGAAUAGUUCUUUAAAAUCAGUUGAUACAACAGACAUUGACUGUAAACCGCCUUCAUAUGAAGAAGUUGUUAAUAAAAUGAAUACAACUAGUAUUAAUUCUGAAUUUCCACAUAUUAACACUGUUCACACAGAAACACCAUUUAAUCUAAUGAAUUCAAUUCGUGAAAAGUUUCAACGAUUUCAUUCUACGACGGAAUUACUAAAUAAAACAGAAGUAACAAAUGAAAUAAAUACUUCUAAACAACAAGCUGCUGAAGCUGUUCUCAACUCUGUUCUAUCUAUGCGUUUAAUGAAAGAUGAAAAGAAUCAUUCAUUGUUAGAUUAUGUAACAGAUUGGCAUCAUGAUUCUAGAACACUUUCAAUGUUACCUGUCAAUGAACAUUUGUUAGUUUAUCUACAAAAUUAUGAUUCCAACCAAGUGAUUUAUGCUUUCACUCGUCUUCGAACAAUUCUAACUAUAGCUCCUGCUUUAUUUGUUCGUUCACUUGCAUCAUGUACAAUUAAUUCAAUGUUUAGUUUCAAUUUAUAUGGUUUAAAAUUUAUUGAACUUUUAUCAAGACAUCGUCGUUCUAUGGCUGGUUGUAAUUUUUUUUCUACUGUCAAUUCAGAAGAAUUAAGUCAAUCACAACAAAAUUAUACAAAUUUAUUGGAAUUAAUUAUUGAUUUAUGUUUACAAUAUAUGUGUAGUUAUUUACCUUUUAUUACAAUGAAAACAAUAUCAACUGUCAAUACUACUAUUGAUGAUGAUGAGGAGGAGGAUGAUGAUAACAAUUGUACUACUUCAUCUAUGAAUAACAUGAAUAAAUGUUCCAUUAAAUUUGGUCAUCGUUUCGGUUAUUCUAAAAGUGAAUUUCGUGCUAAUCAAUUUGUACAGAAUACAGCUGCAGAGAUUUUAACAUUGAUUGUUGAACAAUUAGUAUUGAUACAAGAUGAAUGUUUUAAUCCGUCACUGAUAAACUCAGCUUUAAAGUCCAAUUCCAGUUUAUCCAAUGUUAAGAAUUCCUCUUCUAGUACACGUAUACCAGAAUUAUCCUCAGUAUAUUCAACUGGGUCUACAAAUUCAAACGUUGUUCCUCCCAAUACAAUUACAUUUUCAUCUAUGAUUCAACAAGCUAAUGGACGUCGUCUUGUACAAAAUACCUUACAUCAUACUUGUAUACCAUCUGCUGUUUUACAUUGUUUAGCCUCUUGUAUUACAAAAGUACAUUGGCCUAAAACGGAUAAAAACUGGUCGGAUUAUUCAACAUCAAAUGGAAUCAGAAAACUUCCAACAUGUUUACAAUUAAUACUUGUCAAUGAUCAAUUAUCAAAUUUGUCGAAUUCAUUUCAAACUAAACAAUUACAAACUUUAUUAAAAUUAUUCAAUGUAAUUCUUCAUUUAAAACCAUGGUAUGGUUAUUCUGAUCGUAUGUCUUUAAUGAAAUAUCAUUAUGUAUUACAACAAAAUUGUCAAACAUCAACAGAAUUAUGUAAUACUAAUACUACUAAUAAUAAUAGUAAUUUAUUAUGGCCAGUAUGUCCAAGUAUAUUACUAUUAGAUAAUGAAUUAACAAGUUAUGAUUUAUUAACUCAUUAUAUCACUGAUAUUUGGUCAAUCGCUUGUAAUCAAUUACCAAAUACAUUAAAUCAUCAAUCAUUAUUUCAUAUCAAUUGUAUAACAACAUUAUGGUGGUCAUCUAACUCGAUUAAAACUUCUUCAUGUAUUGAAAAAGAUCAAUUGAAUUUAUUCAUUGAAUUAUUAUCGAUUGGAUUAUCAUCACCAUCAUCAUCAUCAUCAUUAUCGAAUGAUAAUACAUCUAAUUAUUCAAGUUUUUUCUUAGCUCGUUUAGAUUUACAUCCAUUAUGGUAUUGUUUUAUAUUUAAAAGUUUAUCUUAUUGGGGUUGGUUUAUUGGAUCAUUAAUACGUGUUACUAUUAAACAAAUAUGUUCAAGUUUAAAUAAACUAUGUGAUCGUGUUUGUCAGAAUAUACAAACACGUUGUAAUAAUAGUAUUAGAAGAUCACGAUUAUCAAAUACAAAUGAAUGGGAGCUUUUACCACCAGACUAUACAUUAACUGUAUUAGCUUUAAUUCAAGGUAUUUGUCAUGCGUUCCUUCUGUCAGUUGGCAAUGCCUCUUUACCGCUUAUGUCAUCUCGAAAAGUGAAUUCAUUGCAACAAACUAGUGCAUCAUUGCGUGGUGGUAAUCCACCAACUGUUAGUCAAUUAACUGGUCUCCCAGAUUCAAUAGAAGGUGCUUUGGAAAUUGCUGAAAUUCUUUAUCAUCACAAAUUGAAUCCACCAAAUCCAAGUGGACCUAUACCAGAAGUUAAUAAUACUGUACCAGCUUUUGAUCCUUUGUUUCCAUCACCUCUUACAGAGAAUGUUGACCAUUGUUCAAAUACGAAUAAUCCAUCUGUGGACAAUGUUUCAAAUUUGGAACCAUCUGUCAUUUUAACUUCUGGAAUAGGAGAUGAUAAGGUGGAGACGACAGAAAUGUCAGUUCAUUCUCCAAGUUCUACUGUAAUAUUUUUGAAUCGUGCAAAAAACUCUAAAAAUGUCAAUAUUAAAGAUGAUGUAUUAAAUCCUGAAUUGCAUCCUUUUGUUCAAGCUCAAUUGGAGGUAUUACGUUUAAUGCCUGAUAUUAUUUCAAGCAUAGCAUUCCUUUGGAAUACUGUUAAUCAAUCACCAUUUUGUCAAUUACAUAAAGGAAACUUCUACAAAUCUACUUGUACAAUGACUAGUCGUUAUCCAGAUAAAGAACAUUGGUCGUUGUUAAACUCACCUAUUCCUUCUGAAAGUUUAUCUCCAUUAAUUAGCCUUGGUUCAGCUACUCUUGUUCGUGGCGCUAUUCGUCGACUAUUAAAGCCUAUCGCAACACAACAUCCAGAUCUCUUAUUGGUAACAACCGCUGUAGCUUGGCCAAAUACAACUUUUGAUAUUGAAACUGGUGGUCUACUUGCUGGAUUCGAUUCACUAAUAAACUAUGGCCCAUUGGAUAUGCUUAUACCUAUAAGAACAAAAAGAGAUAAUGGUACUUCAGAAAUUUACUCCAUUCCAUUACAUCAUAAACAAUAUAGUUUAUUAGAUUUAAUUAGUGGUCAAACUUAUGAUGAUAAACAUUAUGGUUCUAUAUUAUCAUCUACAAUAUUAAUUAAUCAUUUACGUGAUAUUCUACGUCGUCCAAUGAAUAAUUCAUUUUUAUUACCAAUUAUUAAUACUAUUCAAUUACAAUAUAAUUUCACUUCAUUAUCAUCAUCAUUAAUGAAUUCAUAUUCACCAUUACAAGAAAUGAAUACAACAUUAAUAACAAAUGGAUAUAAAUCAAAUACAAAUUCUGGAGUAAAUUUAAUACGUUUACAAACGAAUUUAUUACAUUUAUUUUAUGCAUGGCUUAUUAUGAAACCAGAUUUUAUAUCAUCUGAUUUAUUAUUAAUAUUAAUACGUGAUUUAAUUAAUUUACCAACAAUAAUUAAUUAUAAUAAUAUAAAUUUAAUGAAUAUAACAACAACAACAACAACAUCAACGACAACCAGUACGACUAAUACUACUAAUACUAAUAGUAGUAGUACUACAUUGGGUCUUUCACCAGCAGGAAUAUUCAUUCUUAUCAAAAUCUUCAGUAAAUUUUUAGAAACAGCUAAUUUUAGCGAUGAUAAACGAGAACAAAAGAGUUACAGUAAUGACGGUACUACUACUACUACUACUACUACUACUACUACUACUACUACUAAUACUACUACUACUACUACUACUACUACUACUACUACUACUACUACAGAGAAUGUUAUAUUAUUCAUAGUAAACAUAAAUUAA